AUGGACCCAAACCUAGAGCUUUAUAGGAGUCUAUUGCAUCUUCCCCCAUAUCAGCGCCGCGAACGCAUGCCGGAUCUUCCCGAUGAAGAACUCCGCCGGAUUAGGGAAAUCAUCGGAAAUGAGAACCGUGCUAAAGAACGAGAGGAAGACGCCCGGAGACGUGAGGAAGAAGCCAAGAGACGGGAAGAGUUCAUUGCAGGGCGGGACCUCGCUGAAGUGACCUUGACUGAUCCUUCCAGGGUUAUGGAGGAUAAAGAGUUGCUGUAUCCCAUGCUUGGCCGCACCCUCAACUCCCACAACGAGGAGCUGAUGAUACAACGUAUCACGAAUGACAACGUAAGGUGUGGUUCGACCUUGGUCGCCUAUGCCCAAGGCUUUGAAGAACACGCUCACAGUCUGUGCUUAGACGCCUGGAAGCUAGUGUACUGCGACAUUUACUAUGUCGAUGGAGGCAGAGCUACGCUGCAGGAGAUCUACGAAGUUCGCCUUCAAGAAGAGGAGCUCCAAACCCCCGCCGCCAGAGCUAGAGAGCUUGUGCGCGAUGAUCGCCUCAAGAAGGCUCGGAGAAAUGCCAAAUGGAUGAUUCCUGCUCUCGAAUGUCUUUCAGCAGAUGAACUAGUACAACCACCUCCGGAAAGCGCAGAAAAAUUUCGAUGGAUCUUGGAAUAUGUUGUUGAAGACAAGGAAAGAGACAGAACGAGAAGGGACUGGGAGAAACUUUGGUGGUAUGGAAACCUGAAAAAUAUUUGGAAGCAGGUAUCUCCUGCGCCGCCAGCUUGGAUGCAGAAGAUCCUUGAUAGUCAACACCAAUGGGGUUUCAUCUACUACUUAGCCAGAGACGUCGAUAAAAAGUAUCUCUGCCACUGGAAGACUAUCUGGGAUUCACUUGAGAGCAUGUGUUCCCCAAGGAGGGUGACCUGGAGAACUAUCCAUUGCCAGGGUAGUGACAACAGGGAGGCCUUGAAGAAGCUUUUAACUCAAAAUCGGCCUAUAUUCUCUCCUAAUGAGAAUCUGACUGAAGACGAGGACCUUCGAAAACAAUUCAAAGAAUACAUCGAGGUGAACCGAUCUCAGACGCUAGAAGAUGAAAAAAGGAAGAAGAACACGAAGUUGAACAAGAACAGGAAGGAGAGUGACGAUUUUCUGUCUCCUGGCCUUCUACGUAACACUUUUAUUGUUGUUCCAGGAGAAUUCCUAUCCGCUAAUAUUCACUAUGAGGGCCGGGACCGGCCUGAUCCUUGCUACGUUUGGGCGUAUGAUGCAGACUGGGACAGUUCAGAAGAAGCCGUCCUCAAGGGAGAGAAGUACCAAGGUCGCGUCAGGGUGGCCAUUGGGUCAGUCAACUCAUGGUUUUAUGGUGCACGCUGGGAGGGUAUUAGCCUUCAGGACAUGUGGCUUAAGGCACAGCAGCACCCUAAAAAGGUAUGGGAGUGUUACACAAAGGAAUUUGAAGAAUGGGAUCACGAGCCAUACAUCUAG